CCAAUUGGGAGCGCGGGCACCCGGCGCCAGCGGCGCGGGGAGGUCGGUGGUGCCGGCGGCGGCGGGCGCAGAGCGCAAGGGGAGGAGCGGGAGGAGGCGGAGGAUGUUCCCGGUGGCUGCGACCGGGGCCGCGCGGGCCAGAGGCGCAGCGCGCGGAGCCGUCGGCUGUCCGGCGGAGCGCAGCGGCGGGCUGGCGGGAAGGCGUGGGCUCUGUGCUGUGCCGGGGACUCUGAAUCCGAGUCCCGGGCUUUGUCUCCUGAGCUGCCUUCGUGGUGACGGUCAGGGGCCGCCGGCUCGGCGAAGGGCGCGGGUCGGACGCCGCGGGGCCCGGUCCCGGGCCAGAACGCUGCGCUCUGAAGGGAAGGCUCGGACAAAAAAAGACCAAAUGGCAAAGCAACCUUCCGAUGUAAGUUCUGAGUGUGACCGAGAAGGUAGACAAUUGCAGCCUGCGGAGAGACCUCCCCAGCUCAGACCUGGGGCCCCUACCUCCCUACAGACAGAGCCACAAGGUAAUCCCGAAGGCAAUCACGGAGGUGAAGGGGACAGCUGCCCCCACGGCAGCCCUCAGGGCCCGCUGGCCCCACCGGCCAGCCCUGGCCCUUUUGCUACCAGAUCCCCGCUUUUCAUCUUUGUGAGAAGAUCCUCCGUGCUGUCUCGAUCCUCCAGUGGGUAUUUCUCUUUUGACACAGACAGGAGCCCAGCACCCAUGAGUUGUGACAAAUCAACACAAACCCCAAGUCCUACUUGCCAGGCCUUCAACCACUAUCUCAGUGCAAUGGAAUACAGACUCACUGGUCAGUAGUCAUGUCUGCCCUGGCAAGUGAGGGGCAUCAGGGAGGAGCAGGAAGAAUAUGUGAACCCAGACACUGGGGAGACCUUCAAAAGCACCAGAACACAGAGCCUUUCAGCACAUAAUUCUAUACAUCCUUAACUUGCACGUGCGCUAAUGGAGACCUCCUGUUCCUUUUCUUUUGUCAUGAGAGAGGUCAUCUGUCUGGGCACAAUUUACUUAUUCAACAUUUUUAUGGUUUACAGAUGAGGCCACUGGAUCCUCCCUUGGAAUUGCCCUUCGUAGGGAGGUUCAGUGGCCAGUUGAGUGGUUAGCAAAAUCCAGGUGAAAAGUUUUUGUUUUUAUUCAAAAUGGGAUAAAAAGAAGCAGCUGCCUUUUGUGACUUUAAGUGAGAAGCUUUUAUUUAUGUCUCAGCCCUGAGGUGUGUUAUUGAUCGCCAUAUAUCUGUUAAAUUGUACUUCACUUUGUAUAUAGCCAUUGAAAAUUUUAACCGUGUAAAUAAAAUCGAUAGGCUUUUCCAUGUUUUAUUUUAAAAACUGUUUAAGGCGUAGCUUUUUAGGAUUUUGUUUUUGCUCUUAUUUUUGACCUGUGUCUUGGUCUUCCCUAUCAUGGAGAUGAAAACAGUAAUACCUGAGACCUUAAUGUAGGUUUAGGAGAAAAGAUGCUCGUGACCAAUUUCCUGCUACUGGUUUUAAAUUACGUAGAGGAAGCCACACUUAUUGUGUCAUCAGAAACUUAUAUUUGUAGUUUAAAUUCCCAUCUCCCUCCCCUCUUGCCCAGAUCUGGUUUUUUGACUAGAAACAACUACAGUAACUUCAAAUUAAGCAUUUUAAUUCUAAGGAAUGGUCUUAAGUGAGUCAAUGUAUAUAGAGUUGUAUCUUUACUUUUAAAAGGUCCCUAAAGCAUUUUUCUUCUUGUGGAGAAAUAUACUGGAUAAUUUACAUUGUCAGUAGAAUAAAUAUAGGAGUUUGUGUUUUUGCACUAAAGUAAGUUCAGGGUUGGGCUUCAUUUAGUUGUCCUUAGUUUGGGGGUUAUUUUUGGUUUUCAGAAUGAAAUGGCACAGAUACUUUUAAUCUCCUGAAAGUAAUCUAAAGCUAUAGAAAUGGACCUGUAGCUGUCCCAGAGACUUACUAGGACGAAGGUCAGUGUAGAAAAAUUAAGGAGCAGUAGCAGUAUCCAGUGUCCUGUGUCCUUCUCGGAGAGAACACUGUCACACACUAUCCAGAGCAGCGAUUUCAGGAGCACACCAAGGCGGGCCAGGUGGUCAAGGUUCUUCCCAGGGGAUGUCCUAAAAGGCUCAUGGAAGGAACUUGUUUAGGACCAGAUUUGGUGCAGGUUCAUUGACAAAAAGUGGGGUGGUGAUUAAGAGGGAUCAUAGAUUUCCUUUUUAUAGUUGCAGGGCAGAAUCAAGAUUUUCUAUGAGGAGUAACUUUGUAGCACUCAGUGUUCUUCAGGGAGGACAGCAGUGCCUUAGGAAAUGCGCAUCUGUCCCAGGAAGUAGGCACAUAGGCUGGGAUUCGCAGAGGGCUCCUGCCCAGGUCUCCCACAUGGUGGAAGAUGUUGUCAUGACUCAGCUGGGAAUGUCCUUGAAUAUAGGGAUUACAACUCAGUCUGGGUUUGCUCCUGGCUGCUAGUAAAUAUGUUAAUGUGUGUGUCGGGGACAGCUCUGGUGACAUAGAUAAUUAGUUCUUCUGAUGUUGAAUGAGAAAUGAGUAAAAAGGCAUAAUAUAUUUUAAUGUCUUUAGACUUGGACUUUUAUUAUAAGAGACAGAUAAUAGUGAAAGAGGGAAAACUCUCAUGAAAACUAGUUUCCAGACUUCUGUCCAACUUCACAGCAUUGGUUUACUGGCAGUUUCGAAAUGGUGAGGCUGGAAAUUGAUGAAGUCAGUUUCUUUUGACCAUGGCCACAUAAAGGCAAUGGGCAGUGCACGUUGAAGGAAUAAAUACGAAAACACUGGCCUCAUCUCAUAAACUUUAUUAUUGAUAGUAUUUUAUCCUAACAGCUGUUUUUAAAGCACCAUCUUGAAUUCAUAUGACUGCCCAGGCUUGACACAAAUAUGUUCCAGGGUGACAGAUUGAGGAAACUUUGAGUACUAAUGCUGUUACUUUAUUUCUCAUGGCUUUUCUUUUCAUCCAGUGUCUCAGUGGAAUUGAUUGGGAUUGCCAAAAAAUAAAAUGAUGCAAGUGAGAAAUAGACCUGGAGGGAGGUGUAUGUGUGUGUGUGUCAUUGGUUUCUUGCUUAUUUUAUUUCUGAGAACCAUCAGAGUUGAGGAUUUCAAACACAUGAUUCUGAUAGCAUUUACCACAAAUACUGAUGGCAGUUGCGCUCUUUUGCCUUGUAGCUGACUGGGCCUAGAAACAGCUCCAUCACUCAGGUGGGUUUCAUAAGGAAACAUUAGUGGACUGGUCUGUUGCUUCCCUCCUCCUGUAAGCUUUGAAUAACUCUGAAUGUAGAAAGAUAUUUCUGAAAAUACUUAAAGUAGGAGACUUAACAGUGUUGAAUAAACAUCCUAGAAUUUUUCUUUCUCUAAAUGAAUGCCAGCUUCAGAAAGCCCACCUGCAGACAGAGACAGUGUCUCCUCUAAACAUUUUUGGAGUAUCUAGUGGAAUUGGUUUAAAGCUGGUUUCAGAGUCCACAAAGAAAUGGCCCUUUACAGGAUCCUUUAUUGCUUUUGGUGGUUAAAGCAGAAUCUCUCCAGAGAGUAAAGGUGGACAGCCCUGCAUGUCUAAAGGACAGGCCUUCUCUCUCCUCACAGCCCUGCAGUUCCCGGCUGUGCUUGGCUGUUUCCCACAAGUGCCGGACAGAACAUGCAGUUUUUGGCUAAGUAUGUUCUAUUAUGUGUAUAAAAUCCUCUCUCAGUUCUGAGUUGAAUAUUGAUUCAAAGCUUAAUUCAUGCUGAUUACUUGAAAAUCUAAUCUUGAUUCUACCCGAGUGUUUGUAGAUAUCUGAACAUCUGAAAACAGUGCAGAGUGAAGUGUUCCUGUGAAUUUUAAUUUGGUUUCUGGUGCUACACUUGAAACUCCAUUAAUGAUAAGAUGGGAACUAAAACAGCAGCUGCCCCUCAGAAAUGAGAGUUGUACAAACCUUGUUCCCAGACUGAGGCUGCAGUUGAGAAUGCUUGUGUGUGAUAUGCCCAGCCUCCCAGUACACAUGCCUGAGUCAUUAGAUGUCACUUUACAGCAUCAUCACAGAGAACAGCUGUGUUUUGGAACGAGAAUGUCAUGAUGAGACUUCAGUUCCUUCACUAGGGUAGAGGCUCUUGACGUACAAUCUCUUGGACAUUAAAGAGAAAUCAGAAGGUUUAGCCUGACUGAUACUGAGCUCGUUAUGAAUUGACAGUCUCUCGUUAAAAAAAAAAUUUUCCCGCCUUGGCUGCUGGCACUACAGAAAGUCCUCUGUGAAAGCCCCAGCCUGAUUUCACUAUCAACCAUUUAACCACAGUAUUAAUUUUUCAGUUGUUGAACUUUUAAGAUUUUAAAUUAGAGUUUGGAAAUUGUUGCUGAACCAGAAUAGUUUGUUAAGAAACAUGAAUCUUUGAGUAGAACUAAAGUUCCUUGGUGUUGGAAAAUACCCACCCCCCUCCUCCAAAAAUGGAUUAAGUAUAUACUUCAUGGUAUUUUCUCAUAGGGAAUAAUGUUACCAGUAAGCUCUGGACUUCAAAAAUCAUUUCUAAGAAGUGUGAAGAUUCAGUGGACGUAUCACACUUUUGGCAAAAAUUGCUUGUGUCUGACAUGUUGCAUUAUAAAAGUUUUGAUUAGCCUUUUUUUUUUUUUUUUUUUUUUAAUACAAGUAAAGAGAAGGACAAUGUGGAUCUACCAAGGAAGUCCCCUCUGCCCGAGUCUGCUUCUUGCAGGGUUGGCACUUGUGCUGCAGAUUAUAGCUUUGGCAUCGCUUUACCUCAAGAGCAGUUUACAUUUUAUUGUGCUUUAAAAAAAAAUAAUGCCAGGUUUAUGGAGUGAAAUGCUUUCAUAAAUGCUGAAACUACAUUUUCUGUGGAUAAAAAUGCACCUCAUCAGAAUUUCCCCUUUGAAGAAUUUUAUCAUGUUCACAUAAAAUUACCAAGUUAAAAAUUUGAUCUCCCUACAGAGUAGAAGCUUUCAUUUCAAAUAAAGCCAUUUUAUUGACCAGAUAUCAACAUUUACAGUGGUCACAUUGCAGAUAAUAAAAUAUUUAUGCUUGGUACUUACUUUUCUUAGAAACUAGAAAUGUUAACCUAAGUUAUCUUUUUGAUACCUCGACUAUGUUAGGAUGGUAGGAAUUGGGUUGAGUAUCCAGGUGGGAUUACAGGGGUGAGGGUGGAGCAGCAAAUGUUUGGAAAUUGCUGUAUCCCAUACCCCACGGACUCCAGGCACACUUUUGGAAGACCAUACUGAUGGAUUGCUUUGCCAUCGUGGUGGCAAAGCAAACUGAUGCUAACGUAAAUAAAAACCUUAAUUUUGGUGCUGCUUGGUGCCACUGGGGGGCUGACAGACCCCAUUCAUUUGUCCUGGUAGAUGUCAUCUGGUAUGAGACCAAACACAACUCUCAUUGACAUUAAAUUAGCGAUGAAGUUAAGGAGAGGCUUUCUUUAUCCUCGAAGAAGGCAUUUUGUCACUUAAGAAAUAAUUGAACUUUAUGUUGCACUGUAUUAAUGGAUUAAAACUACCUUUUUAAAAUAGCAGAAUAAGAUUCCUUUUAAAAUAGUAAAAAUAGGGUUUUUGUCAUUUAAUCUUCAUAACCAUAUACUGCUGUGUGCAUACUAGCUAGGUCUUACUGCAGGAUGAGUGUUUGCCCUUACUUUUAGCUUUAUACAUUCAAGGAAUAAGAACUGUAUUUGUAUUCUCAAAAAAACAAACUGGUUUUUUAAAAAAAUAAUGAUAGGUGCUUGUUAGAGUAGCCCCAACAGGUCAGUCUCUUUUGCAAAAUGUAAUUUAUAUUUCCAUAAUAACUUUUUAAAACUACACCUAAGUACAGUUGAUAGCUGUCUUAGUAAUCUGUAGCUAUUGCCAAUUCCAGUAUAUGCAAUUCCAGCAUAAGCCUUGUCUCUAAACCAUUAUCUUUGGUUAAUACAACUCUCCUAACUCUUAAAUGCUAAAGAUAAAUCUCAGGGCUCCAGGGCAUUGCCAUGGUUUCUUACCUUUUGCCCACUAGGGUCUGGUUGGGAAACCAUCCGCACCAGAGUUGGUUAGUAACUUACAAGAGUACAGCCUUCUCUUGUAACCUCCUGCCCCAGCACAUACCCUCACACCCUCCGUUUCUCUCUACCAGAGCUUAGGAAUGUAUUUAUAUCUCUGAAUUUAUUUAAGCUAAUUAAAUUUAGCUACUGAACUUUUCCUUUUGUAAAAGAAACAGGCCAUUUGCUUAUUUGCGUCCCCGAAAGCUAGCAGGACAUUUAUCUCUUAACAUAGAAGUUAAAAUUGUCCACCAGGGUUCCUUAUUUAUCUCCUUGCUGUUUGCUAGGUUGAAUGCAUUCACUAAGUGCUAGUUUUGAUAGGUUGGCUUCUGACAGAGACUGCCCCUUUGAUGGUGUUUGGUGGUGUUUGCAGUUGCCAGCCCAAGCACAAGCCAUGUGGGACCUUCUAAACCACAGACACAAGUCAAGGUGUUAAAGGGAAUCCAGUGGACUUCAUCUACAAGUUGGGAGAAAUUGAUGGGGGGAGUUAUAUUUGUUUUGUCUUAUGAAAAGUAUAAAGUAUGUCUCCUUGUCCAAAAGAAAUUUUGCAGUUAGUUGAAAUCAAGCAGUUAACCCACAAGAAUGUAAGCCCCAUGGAAGCAGGACAUGGCCUCCUCUGAUGCUGUACCCAGAGCACCUCCUAGAACAGUGUCUGGCAUGUGAGUGUUUGUGUUUGUUGAGUGGUUUUGUGACUAUCAUUGAUUUAUUAAGUAUUGGGUAACUUGGCCAGCAAUUUUUACCAGUCUGCCAACUUUAUAAAACAUCCAUCUAUAUUUCACAGAUGUCCUUUUGAUAAUUGGCAUUUUCCUCACUUCUGACCCCAGGGCUGAAGGCAGUUUUCUCUCUCAGUCAUGUGUAGUGACAAACAGGUGGAGCCUGAAGCUCAGGAGAGGUGGGUGAUGAUGUCUUGCUGGCUGGAUGUUCACCUGUGCAUAUGGGUAGGUGCAUCUCCUUUAGGAGGAUUGCAUGAGACCCUUGUGCAGUGGGUGCCCAAACAAAAACUUUUCUUCUUCCCCUAAGGGUGAAUUAACUUGUUUAAAAGCUUCUAAAUCAGGAAAGAAAACUUAAAAACAGUAACUCUUUAAAGGACUGUAAGCCCAGGAAAAGGAUCUAUGACGUUAGCAUCACCUGGUAUCGCAUCUACCCAGAAAUUUUGUUUUCUCCCAGUUUAGUUGCUCAAAAUUAAUUUUAAGACCUUUUAUAGAUUUGUUAGUACAAUCAAAGUAAAUUUUAUAUGAUUGGAUGUAUUCAGAGGCUGUGCCUGACAUCAAAAGUUUGCCUUUCAUCAGCCUUUGCGUUUCUCCACCAGGGCUUCUUAUAGCCGUUCCUCCCUCUGGCUUAUUCACAGAGUGCAGAUAACUCUGGAGGGGAUCGGUGUGUGUCCCCCACUCUUCUCCACCACCCCCACAGGGUGGUGUGAUAUUCUGCCUCUCUUAGGCCCUCAGUCUUUGUGGGAUUAUUGUUAAAUUCAGUUGGGUAGGGGCUGGGGAACAGAGAAGACGAGGCAAGGGUUUUUAGAGGAAUUGGCAAAAACUCUUCAAAGUGUUCACUUUUAAGUGCUUUUAUAGAGCUGUGAAUCAGUAUCAGUUUUACCAGCCUUUUACAAAAAUAAAAAACAGGAAGUUAUGUUCAUACCAUUACAAAAUCCUAUUAUCGUAGGUUUUUACAUGUUUUGUUCUGGCAAAAACGUAAUACGUAUUUUAAUUGUGAGUACAGUAUGCCCAUUUUUAUAGUAAGUUAGCAUAAGUCACACGUGACUAGCAGUGAAAAUCCAAAAAUCUUAUCUCUUUUCCUGUACACAUGUUACUGAACUGUUCGCCUCUGAGUAUAAUGCUUUCCUGGUGGCACAUGGAGAAUAUAAUCUUUCUAAUGCAUAAUGGGAUCUUUGACAACUCACAUUUGUGUUCUCCUUCGUUUUUGGCUGUCACAUGGCUUUUAAUGGUUUCAUUAGUAAACAGAUGAAUGUACUGGGUGUGAAUGUUAGUGACAGCUUAAUGAAAGGGCAGUCCCCCCUCUUUCUUCUCCUUUCAAAAAUGCCUUUGCUCUUAGACCCCAAAACAUUUUUUCUCUCCAUGUGGUGUUUGCAGACUUGAGCCCAUCUUGAUUGGCUGCAUUAAUAUUGAGACAAAACAUGCAAUUACGCUUUCAUUUGGCCCUGGGGUAACCCUCCUGAAGACAGCUGUCUGUAUCAUUGUACGUCGUACUUUAAUAAAAACCAUCUCAUUCAGGUUUCUUAGAGUUUCACUUAUUUUGCUUUGAAUGGGGCAACCAUUUUACCUCAUAUUUUUCUGUGAUGUUUGAAAGUUACGUAGCAAUUUUUACCUUGUAAUAAGAUCAGAAUGGUCAUUUUACUGAAAAGCCAAAUUGUUAUGCUCUAAUUAUGUUUCAGGCACAUUUCUUUGGCAGUAUUUUCCUUUUUUUUUUUUUUUUUUUUUUUUUUUUUUUUUGAGUAUCUUCUUGAAAUGGAAAUGUGUAUGAAUGGGUAGGGAUGCUUUCAGUUCUUGCAAUUCUGAAUCUCCAGUUUUGAAAAAGGAAAUUAUUCUAUAUCUCUUAUUAUUUAACUAAAGUUAUGUAGUGCUACUCUGAUCUUUAAUAGAUGGCUGUAGUUUUUACAGUAAGGGAGCUCCCAGAAACAUGAAAGAGUGUGUGAAAUAGGCUUGCUUCUACUAUAGAGGCUUAUCUUUGGAACUUUCCGAGUGAUCCAUGAACCACAAAGUGAUUUUUGU